UUGCUCCUCUCGCUGGUCCGUAUCUUGACCGCUUACAUCGUUUGACAACUUUAUUUCCUUUCUUGCGUUUGCGCCCAUAGAUAUCCUCACAAAACUCUCCAGUAGGAGUUUAUCAACACAAUGGCCUUCCGAUGGUACCAAGCGAAGCUCAAGUCGAGCCCGCUGCUCACGCAGUCCGUUACCACUGCCGUCCUCUUCGCGACUGGUGACACCAUGGCCCAGCAGGGUGUUGAGCGCCGUGGCUUCGCCAACCAGGACUGGGCACGAACUGGGCGGAUGGCUUUCUACGGCGGUUGCAUCUUCGGACCGGCCGCAACGACCUGGUUCGGUUUCCUCCAGCGUAAGGUUGUCAUUCCUGGCCGGCCGAACCUCGAGAUCGUCGCUCGCGUCGCUCUCGACCAGACUGUUUUCGCCUCCACCAAUUUAUUCGUCUUCCUGAGCACUAUGGCCGUCCUUGAAGGCACAGACCCCAGGGAGAAGUUGAAGAGCACGUAUGCAACGGCGCUGCAGAAGAACUGGAUGGUAUGGCCUGCGGUACAAUUCACCAACUUCAAAUUCGUGCCUUUGGACCAACGUGUGCUUGUGGUCAACGUCAUUUCACUCGGCUGGAAUUGCUACUUGAGCUACCUCAACACCCAAAGCGGCGUCGCGACUGCAGUGACGGAGAAGAACCCAACUUUCCCGCCUGAUGCGUGAGCAAAUUUCCGAUAGCUGC